AUUGUAAAACACUGCCGUUUGUAUAAGGAAGCGGUUAGUUAACUAUUAUUAGUCUUUGGGAACUGAAGGUUUAAAAUAUUAAAUACGGCGUCGGUCUUUGACUCAUGUAACUCAGUUUUCAGGUAAACCAUCUUAUGAUGAUGGAGAAGAUAGUUAAGGAUGUUGGUGAUAUUCAGUCCAGACUGGUUGAUCACAGGCCGGUCAUACAGGGAGAAAUCAGAUACUUUCUCCGGGAAUUUGAGGAGAAGCGUGCUUUCAGAGAAUGUCGUCUGCUUGACAAACUGAAUAAGAUGAUAUCAGACACCAAUGCUCAACAUCUGCCACAGUGUACAGAGAGUAUGCACGACAAACUGUGUGAUGCUCUUACGCGCCUUGAAGCAGCGAAUCAUAUGACUCAGAGGAUCCAGCAGAGGGAGCUAGCUGCUGACAAGAGUACACAUCUGCAGGUGUGUUUGGAGAGGAGGAGACAGGACUGGGACGAGUUCAUGAAGGAUCAGUCUCAUCUGAAGGAGGAGGUAGAUGAAGAACACGCUAAAGCAGUGGCAAGACUCAGUGCUCAGUACGAUGAGAUGAAGAAAGACCUGGUGAAAAACAGUAGUAUCUGAAAUGGUGACUGUUAUUAUAAUGAACAUGUUUAAUACUACUAAACUGUCAGUCCAAUGAAUAUAUAUUACAUACCUCCAUUUUUAUAUUAUGUAGGCUGUUUGUUCACCCAAAAAUGACCAUUUUAUCAUUAGUAUAGAUGGGAAGUAAACAAAAAAAAGAUAUAUUAUUUGUAUCAUUAAAAAUCAGUAUCUUUCAAUGGGGUGGUUUCCCGAACCAAGGUUUAUCUUAGUCCAAAAUGCAUGUUUGAGCUGCCUUUUAUCUUAUUUACUGAUUCAUUAUGUCAAUUCAAUCUUGUGUGAUGUUAUUGAUCUCUCUUUGGAACAUGAGGACAUUUUUUAAGCAUCUUGAUACAAGCGUCAUUCUUCCAACAGCAGUUCAUAUUAACCAUGUCAGUUUUUCAAUCUCCAAAAGGCCUAAAGCAACUUAAAAAAUCCCAAAGUGGCCCACAUUACCACUCUGCACUAUAUAUCCGGUGUUUUGAUGGCAUGUUAGUGCCAGAUUAAAUUUAAGUUAUUCUUUGAAAAUAUGCACCUCCACUGCAGCUUUUAAGUCGCUUACAGUAUUCAUUUUUAACCCUCAUAAGCCCCUAUUUUUCUGUAUACGUUAGAGUUCCCUGGGGGUAAAAAUGACCCCAGAAAUUAAGAGUUAUUACAAAAAUAUAUACAUUUUUAAAUAUACAAAUCACACCUGUGUGAGCAUUUUACAUCUUUGUUUUGCAUCUGUGGCUGUUUUUUGCCGAAUUCUGUAAGAAAUGCUCUCUGUGGCAGUCAUACCUUUGUGUGUUUGUGUGUCUGUUUGUUUAUGUGUUUGUGUGAUUGAGCAUGUCUUUUCUAUAUUGCAUUUGUGCUCUAGUACCAGGCCUACCUUUCUGUGUCAAAAUUUUCAGAUUUAUUCUGGAUGCAUUGAUUUUAUUUGAUGAAUAACAAGAAAAAACUUUUUUUUUUUGCAUUUCCCAUUUUUUACACCUCUUCAGAACGGCCGAAUCAAGCCCAGUUUUUUAAUAUGAAUCUUGACAGAUAGUCUGGAAAAGUCACAAAAUCUUAUUCCGCUGAGAUGAAGGGAACCAUGUUUUUUUUAACUAAAUAAAAGUUGCUUGGGGGUAAGAUUGACCCCAAGGGACUUAUUAGGGUUAAACACUUUAAGGCUAAAUGCAUCAUCUAAUGUUUAUGUGUAUUUAGUUGUUGUAUAUUGCAUUUUUGUACAUGUUGUUUGGCACAAACAUACAAAGACAAAAUAAAUGUCUAUCAAAAAAUAA